AUGGCUCUUUCUGCUGAUCCCGCCGCUAUCUCGGUACCAGCCGCCGGAGGAAAGUCCGAACUGAAGCUCAACAACGGUGGCGGCGAAAAGCUCGUCUUCAAGGUAUGCGACUGUCUAACUAGUCGUGCGCAAGAGCGGGUUUACAGGUGAAGAGCUCGAACAACAACGAGUACCGCAUCAACCCGGUGUUCGGCUUUGUCGAUGCCUCUGGCUCUACCGGAGUCGUCAUCACGCGUCUCAAUGGAGCGGCUAAGGAGGACAAGCUCGUGAUCCAGUUCGGAGCGGCUCCCGCGGAUGCCGCCGAUGCCCAGGCUGCUUUCGGCGCUGUCUCUGCCUCCGCAGCCAGCGUCACAGUCGCUCUCAGCGCCACCUAA